AGACCCCCUUUCUUCUUUUUCACACCGCAAUUUUUCCACAAUCGAUCCCAUUUUAAGCUUCUCUCUCCCUCUAGGUUUUUUUUUUUUUUCAUUCGACGGUUCAUUCCUCGAAUUCUCGUACCCCGAGGAUUCGAUUCGGGUCAUGUAGUCGUAGGUUUUCGGUUUCUACAACCGCUUGAUCCACAAAGCUCGGACUCUUUUUCUUCUUCACUUUUUUGGGGGGUUGUGAAUUCUGAUCCUCUAUUUUUGGGGGUUUCGGUUCCGUGAUUCAAUUUCUUCUUCCGGAUUCCUCUAAUCGCAUCGAUUAACUGGGUGUUUGGUUUCGUAGCCUGUCGAUUCAGAAAGUUUCGGUUUGUUCCUUUGGGUGUUUGGUCUAGGGUUUUUCGGAUUGAGUAUGGGUGCUGAAGCUGGUGCAACUGAGUGUUUCAGUAAGGCCAUGGCGUCGAUGCCUGGGUUUCGGUUUCAUCCCACGGAUGAGGAGCUGGUUAUGUACUAUCUGAAGAGGAAGAUAUGUGGGAAGAAGCUGAAACUCGACGUGAUUCUAGAAACCGAUGUUUACAAGUGGGAUCCUGAGGAAUUGCCAGGGAUCUCUGUACUGAGGACUGGAGAUAGGCAAUGGUUCUUUUUCACUCAUAGAGAUAGGAAGUAUCCUAAUGGUGCGAGGUCCAACCGAGCAACAAGGCAAGGUUACUGGAAAGCAACAGGAAAGGAUCGUAAUGUGACCUGCAAUUCUCGGUCAGUUGGAGUGAAAAAGACUCUGGUUUUCUAUAGAGGCAGAGCUCCUAAUGGUGCGCGGACCGAUUGGGUUAUGCAUGAAUACACCAUGGAUGAAGAAGAGCUGAAUAGGUGCCAGGAUAUUAAGGACUAUUUUGCACUUUACAAGCUAUACAAGAAAAGUGGACCUGGUCCUAAAAAUGGAGAACAGUAUGGUGCACCAUUUAAAGAAGAGGAGUGGGCUGAUGAUGAAUGCGUAGAUUUCAAUAUUAACUCAGCAGAUCGGGAGGUAGUAAAUACUGUCCCUGUUAAUGAUCAGCUGCCUCCUUUGGCCGAUGAUGAAGUCACGGAUAUGAUUAAUCAAAUUUUGGAUAAUGAGCUUGCCCUUGACCAGCAAUUUGGUGACGGCCUUGAAUUUCCUCAGGUUGUUGCUGAAGAAACACAAAGUACUGUGGUGGAUCAGUUCUCUGAGGCAGUGACAGACCCCGAGUACAACGAUAUUUACCACUCAACCAGUCAGCACUAUGAUGUACAGAAUGUCAACUUCAAUCAGUCGGUUGCAUCUCACCUUCAUGCCCCGGAAGGAUCAGAAGUUAUUUCUACUGCCAACAUUCAAGUAGAAGACUAUAACUUUCAGGAGGAUGACUUCUUGGAAAUCAACGAUCUCAAUGGUAGUGAACUUACAAUUCCAAAUAUGGAAACACCAGUGGAGAACCUGCAGUUUGAAGAUGGAUUGUGUGAACUUGAUCUGUUCCAAGAUGCAGAGAUGUUUCUUCGUGACUUGGGACCAAUCAAUGAGGAAACCAUUCCACAUUCAUAUAUGAAUAAUGCCGCUGGAAGCAACAUUGAAAAUCAGAAUUAUCACUUGCUGCCCAAUCCAGAGGACGCUACUCAAAAUGUUCAUGAAUUUUGGAUGCAUGAUGAAAGAAACACCUUGAGUCUGUUUGAAGGCUUUGAUGAUUCUGUCUCUCAACAAAAUCCAGGUGCUGUAUCUACUGAAGGCUAUGAUAAUCAAAGUAGCAUUGCAGAAGAUGUUGCUACAAGUAGAUUCUCUUCGGCUCUCUGGUCCUUUGUUGAGUCAAUACCUACCACUCCUGCAUCAGCUGCGGAAAAUGCUCUAGUGAAUCGGGCUUUGAAUCGAAUGUCUAGCUUCAGCCGAGUGAAGAUUAAUAUCAAGCCGACGAACACAGCUGCAGGUAAAGACACUGCAACUACGAAGAGAGUGGGCAGAAAAGGAUUUUCAUUCCUUUUCUUCCCAAUUCUUAUUGCUUUAUGUGCUUUCUUAUGGGUUUCUCUUGGAACUUUUAGAUUAUUAGGGAGAUGCAUCGCUCCUUGAAUAUGUAAAUCAAAAGUUUUGAUGCUAUUAUGCUAUAUAUGUUCUAUCUGGGAUCUCCCCAAGAUGACUGAGAUAGUAUUGUUCUAACAUAUUCAAAAAAUAAAAAAUAAUAUUUUAUUCUUUGGGACUGUUAGAAGUUUUAAGUUUAGGCAAUAUUAGGACUAUGGUUGGGAGCAAUGGUGGAGAGGGGAGGGUGAGGUGUGGCUGGGACAGGUGUUCGAAAACCGUAUUUCGGAGAGUUUGAUGGGGAAUGCAAAGCAUGGCAUAGGAAGGGCAUGAGGGAAUCCUUGAUCCAUGAAUUGGAGGGGUGGAUACAGAACACUUAGCUGUCCCUCCCAGGCCUUCAUCAUCUUCCAAACAAUAAAUCACCAGCCAUUCCUUUCCACUCUUCCACUUCAUCAAGGACCCUUCCCCUCAACCCCCUCCAAACUUCCAAACAUAGCCUAGGUGAGUCUUAACAAUCUUAAUCCAAGAGAAAGGGGUUUUAUAUGAAUUUGCAGGGUGGAUUGGUAAUGCACUAAGUUAUUUAUUAUUUUUGUUUAUUUAUUGGACCCAUGUAAAUAUCUUGUUUGGGUUUUUAAAUCAGACAGCACUACCAUUCGAUGUUGAUUGUACAUUGUAAAGCUGAACCCUUUGUGAGAUAUCGUAGUAUUGAUGUAUCUAUAUCUAUACCCUUUAAGACAUUUGUAAUAUUAUAUGCAAUUGAUAGUAUAGAUGCCUUGGGCAUUAUAUUUUUGUUGUUAGAA